AGACAAAAGAUCCAUGGCAACCGUGAAACAAAACACGAUCUGUUAGUUAAUCCAGUCGAUUUCGAGCUUUUCUACGUUCACGCGUGCGUGCGGUACGAAUUUGUUGCUUCAAAAGAAUUUUUAGCACGAUUCGUGAGUAGUCGGAGUGAAAGCGAAGAUAGCGAAAGAAUAAUUUGACUUUAGGAAAGAAACUAGCGCAGACGAAAAAGUAUAGUUUUCGACAGAAACUAGGAAGAUGCGUGAAAUCGCUCAUCUGCAGGCCGGUCAAUGCGGCAAUCAGAUAGGGGCAAAGUUUUGGGAAGUGAUCUCUGACGAACACGGUAUCGAUCCUACUGGCACUUAUCACGGUGACUCAGACUUACAACUUGAACGUAUAAACGUUUAUUAUAAUGAAGCAUCGGGAGGGAAAUAUGUCCCCAGAGCGAUCCUGGUCGACCUGGAACCCGGCACGAUGGACGCGGUACGUUCUGGACCGUUCGGUCAAAUAUUCCGACCGGAUAAUUUUGUUUUUGGACAAAGUGGCGCCGGGAAUAACUGGGCCAAAGGCCACUACACCGAAGGCGCGGAGCUCGUCGAUUCCGUUCUGGACGUAGUGAGGAAGGAAGCCGAAAGUUGCGACUGCCUGCAGGGUUUUCAGUUAACUCAUUCCCUCGGUGGUGGAACCGGGGCGGGUAUGGGAACGUUGCUAAUUUCCAAGAUUCGCGAGGAGUACCCUGAUAGGAUCAUGAUGACGUUCAGCGUGGUUCCUUCGCCAAAGGUGUCCGACACCGUGGUCGAGCCGUACAACUGCACCUUAUCCGUACAUCAACUGGUCGAGAACACGGACGAAUCUUACUGCAUCGACAACGAAGCGUUGUACGACAUUUGUUUCCGCACGUUGAAGUUGACCACGCCAACCUACGGCGAUCUGAAUCACCUGGUAAGCGCUACUCUCAGCGGCGUCACCACUUGUCUAAGAUUCCCAGGCCAAUUGAACGCUGAUCUACGAAAGCUCGCAGUAAACAUGGUGCCCUUCCCACGAUUACAUUUCUUCAUCCCCGGUUUUGCGCCACUAACUUCCAGAGGUUCGCAGCAGUACAGGGCUCUCACGGUCCCGGAACUCACGCAGCAAAUGUUCGAUGCAAAGAAUAUGAUGGCGGCUUGCGAUCCGCGUCACGGUCGUUAUCUGACCGUGGCAGCCGUCUUUCGAGGCAGGAUGUCGAUGAAAGAAGUGGACGAACAAAUGCUCAAUAUUCAAAAUAAAAAUAGUAGCUAUUUCGUUGACUGGAUACCCAGUAACGUUAAGACGGCCGUCUGCGACAUUCCUCCCCGAGGUCUCAAGAUGUCUGCCACUUUUAUUGGUAACUCAACGGCCAUUCAGGAAUUGUUCAAGAGAGUUUCGGAACAGUUCACGGCGAUGUUCAGGCGAAAAGCUUUUCUACAUUGGUACACCGGCGAGGGCAUGGACGAAAUGGAGUUUACGGAGGCUGAAAGCAAUAUGAACGACUUAGUUUCGGAGUACCAGCAAUACCAGGAAGCUACCGCGGAGGAGGAGGGCGAAUUCGACGAGGAAGAAGAGGGCGAGGGUGAAAACCCUUGAGACUAACUUAAGAAAACAAUUGUUUUGUCCGAAAUAAACCUAAUAGGAGUUUCAUUUCACUGUGAUAAAUUCGCGCGUAUCGCGUGACUAUCCCCUUUGCGUUAAGUUCAACACAGCCUCUUUUCUCGUACGCUUUAACCGACCGUGAUACUUUAUAGCGCUCGAUACUACCCUUUUUCUUUUUCACUCGAUCCGCCUAAUCUCUUAGUCCGUUCAUCAACGUUAU